AUGAAAGAUACUAAUCAACUACAUUUCCAUUUGACGUUGAGUAAUUUUAUUUGCCAUGCAGUCGCUAUUCCAUUGAGUUCCUUACUUAUCGUUUGUAAUUUCCGUUCAUGGAAAUGGUUUCUACUUGCUAGAAUUGUUGUUUCUCUUCAAAUGAUCAUCGGAUCUUAUUUUUUUGUUUAUUUUAAUCGAGCUGGUCUACUAGUUUUGCAGGCGAAAAAUUUGUUCUACAUCAAGGAAAACGAACCGGGUUACAAAGAAUUUAAUCAAUGUGCAAUCAGCGAAUGGUUCGUGAUAUUGGGAUUAAUAGAAAUCACUUUGAUAACUGGCUUAGAGUUGCGAACUUAUGAAAACCAGUAUGAAGAAAUCAAUAAAAUCGUCUGA